AUGUUUCGGCAUUUGGGAUGGCUUGUGGGUCUAACCUAUAAAUCUCCAUCGUCAAAGAGGUUGCCAGAUGCCAAGCCUCCCCCGGCUGAAGUUAAGCCGGUGGCUAUGUUGGAUUCUGUUCAAGAGAUUGCUAUUUACAUUCACAGAUUUCACAAUCUUGACCUUUUCCAGCAGGGAUGGUACCAAAUUAAAAUUACCAUGAGAUGGGAGGACAGUGAAUAUACUUCUGUGGGGACUCCAGCAAGAGUUGUUCAAUAUGAAGCUCCUGAUCUGGGUUCUGAUGAUGUAUAUGGAGUAUGGAGGAUUGAUGAUACAGAUAACAGCUUCUCAACACAGCCUUUUCGUAUCAAAUAUGCAAGGCAGGAUAUCUUUUUAUCAAUCAUGAUAUCUUUCAAUCUAUCACUAGCGAGAUAUGAGGGUCUCUCCUCGUCUGCAGUUAUUUUGAAGUUCGAGCUUCUGCAUGCCCCCAUAUUAGGAAAUAGGUCUGACUUGCAGGCUUCUUUGGAUGCUAGCCCUGCAGCUGUCCAUGAAUUCCGAAUUCCUCCUAAAGCUCUUCUGGGAUUGCAUUCUUAUUGCCCUGUCCAUUUUGAUGUAUUCCAUGCGGUGCUUGUUGAUGUUACAGUACACAUCAGUCUACUGAAAGCUGUCUCUUACAUGCUCCCAUCGAAGGUACCCAGUGAUUCGUCCAUUGCUGAAGAUGUUGGUGGAGAAGGUCUUUCUGGGUCAAAUCAAGCAUCAGCACAAGUGGCUGCUGCAGGUGUGAAUGACAUCAUGCUUGUUAAAUCAUUGUUAGCUGCUCGUGACAUACUACUUGAAGAGCUCCAGAAACUUAGCAAGGCUAUUGACCAAGCAAUUGAUUUGACUGAUUUUAUAUCUAAAAUGGAUGACACAAAGUUUGAUUCUUUCCUGCAAGAAAAUUUGGUUGCAGCAGAUGCCAAAGUUUCAGGACAAGGCAAGCCACAAAAUGGUCUUGAGAAAGUAAAUGGCACGUCAGAAUUUGGAAGUGGUGAAUUGCUACGCCCCUUAUCAAGGGGUGCCUUACAGAAUUCUUUUCAUUCUUUGGGCGAUCAAGUUUUAUAUUUAUGGAACACUUUUUUAAACUUCCACAGGUUUAACAAAACAAAGGUACUGGAAUACUUGCGUGACACAUGGGCUAAGGAUAGAAAAGCUGAAUGGUCAAUAUGGAUGGUUUACUCUAAGGUUGAGAUGCCUCAUCAUUUUAUCAAUGGUGGGGGUGAUGAGUCUUCCCACAGUGCUGGCCAUAGGAGAGUUUCAACUAUGUGGAAAUUAACUGAUGAUCCUGCCCAGACUGCUGCUACCCGUGCUGAGCUUCAUCGACGAAGUAUUGCACAAAUGAAGAUUAACAAUGGGUCAAUUCAAGACAUGCAUAUAUUUGGAGAUCCAUCAAGCAUUCCUAUUGUCAUUGUGGAGCGUGUCUUGAAUGCGCCUAGGCGUACUACUAGUGAAAAUUCUUACUUGAGAAAUUUGGACGUCAUAAACUCUCCUGGCUUACUCAGUGGAUCUGGCUCUGAAUCCUUAAACAAGAGAUCCAGCUAUAGCUCACCAAAGAAAGGCCGGGUUUUAAAGAUUGUUGUCUUUGUGCAUGGUUUUCAGGGGCAUCACCUGGAUUUACGGCUUAUUCGGAAUCAAUGGCUUUUGAUAGAUCCCAAGGUAGAGUUUCUAAUGUCAGAGGCAAAUGAAGACAAAACAUCUGGUGACUUCAGAGAAAUGGGACAAAGGUUGGCCCAGGAAGUAGUUUCUUUCCUUAAGAAGAAAAUGGAUAAAGUUUCAAGAUCUGGAAGCAUAGCUGAUAUUAAGCUUAGCUUUGUGGGACAUUCUAUUGGGAAUGUGAUCAUAAGAACGGCGCUAACAGAUAGCAUUAUGGAGCCAUUCCUAAGAUACCUGCACAUAUAUCUUUCUAUUUCCGGUCCACACUUGGGGUAUCUAUACAGUUCAAACUCUUUGUUCAACUCCGGGCUGUGGCUUUUGAAGAAGCUUAAGAACACGCAGUGUAUUCAUCAGCUUACUUUCACGGAUGAUCCAGACCUUCAAAAUACGUUCUUUUACCAGCUCUGUAAGAAGAAGACACUUGAGAAUUUCAAGCAUAUAAUCCUGUUAUCUUCACCACAGGAUGGUUAUGUUCCCUACCAUUCUGCUAGAAUAGAUAUGUGCCAGGCUGCUUCAUUGGACUUGUCAAAGAAGGGCAAAUUUUUUCUGGAAAUGCUGAAUGAUUGCUUGGACCAGAUACGGGCCCCUCACUCUGAGAAUCGAGUGUUCAUACGCUGUGACAUCAACUUUGAUACCUCUUCGUAUGGAAAGAACCUGAACACCUUCAUUGGAAGGGCUGCUCAUAUUGAGUUUUUGGAGUCCGACACUUUUGCAAGAUUCAUCAUGUGGUCUUUCCCAGACCUGUUUCGGUAA